UAUAACCUCAACAUUUGUUUAUUAUUGCAACAAUUUUCAUCGAAACGAAUUUAAAUUUAAACAAUUAAAUAACGACAAAUCGAGAUGUCGGUGGUGAUCGAAACCACCCUGGGCGACAUAACAGUCGACUUGUACCUCACGGACAGACCGCGAGCGUGUUUGAACUUCCUGAAGCUAUGCAAAAUCAAAUACUACAAUUACAAUUUGUUCCACACGAUCAGCCGCGGCUUCAUAGCCCAAACGGGCGAUCCGACGGGCUCGCGCAAGGGCGGCGAAUCGAUCUACGGCGUGCUCGACGGCCCCGCGAGGCGCUACUUCGAAGGCGAAAACGAGCCGAGGAUCAAGCACACGCGCCCCGGCCUCCUCUCGUUCGUCGGCAACGACGAGCGCAUGAUAGGCUCCCAGUUCUUCAUCACCUUGGGCGACGAGCUCACCUACUUGGACCACAAGCACUGCGUGUUCGGAGAGGUGGUCGAGGGAUUCGAGGUGCUCGAGAUCAUCAACGAAACCAUUUGCGAUACGGACGACAGACCCUACCAGGAUGUCCGAAUCGCGCAUACAGUUAUCCUCGACGAUCCAUUCCCCGAUCCGAAGAGCCUUAGGGUGCCCGAUAGGUCCCCGUCGCCCAGCGCGGAGAGACUGCAAGGCGGCCGGAUAGCCCCCGACGAGGACAUAGACGAGACCGAAGGCAAGUCAGCGCUAGAGAUAGCCGAAUUACAAGCCCAGCAAGAGGCCAAAGCCCGAGCUACGAUACUGGAGAUGGUCGGUGAUAUACCCGAUGCGGAUAUCGCACCGCCCGAGAACGUUCUAUUCGUGUGCAAACUCAAUCCAGUCACCACCGAUGAGGAUUUGGAGAUUAUAUUCAAUCGUUUCGGUAAGAUAGUGUCGUGCGAGGUGAUCAGGGACAGGAAGACGGGCGAUUCGCUGCAGUACGCUUUCAUCGAAUUCGCCGACAAGAAGUCCUGCGAAGACGCCUACUUUAAAAUGGAUAACAUCCUGAUAGACGAUCGAAGGAUACACGUGGAUUUCAGCCAGAGCGUCUCGAAGGUGAAGUGGCUGGGAAAGGGGCGAGUGGUGCAUUACGACGAGCAAGGCAAGCAAAUGAAGCAAGGCAAUAAAGAUAUCGGAAAAGGUAAUUAUAAAAUACAGAAGAAUGAUAGAAGAAGGAGUCCUUACGUAGAAAGUAGGAAUAGAAGGUACAAAUCGCGAUCGCCGAAAUCGAGAACCCAUCGGAGUGAAGACAGUUCGAGGAGACGCCAUUACGAUGAGAAAAGAAGGAGAUCCAAGUCGCCCGAGAAAUCUUACAAAUAUUCCAAGGAUCGGUCGUAUUCAAAAGAAGAUAGUUCGGACGGAAGAAGAAAGAGCAAAAAAAACAAUCACGAAAGCGAUAGAAGGAAACAUAGAAAGAGAACGCCGGAUAAUUCCAGCGACAGCGAUAGCUCUUAUAAUAGAAACAAAAAGAAAUACAAGAGUAGAAAGCAUUAAAUUGUACUUGAAAUAUUUAUAUUUUCAAUAAGAUAAGUUUCGUAUAUUGAUCGUGUAAUUUAUUCUCAAACUAAAUCACUAAGAAUAAUAUCAUGAAAGCACUAUAUGCAUAUAGUGCGUUCAAACUGAAUCCC